AUGGGGCUGGGGGGGCGCGGGGAUGGUCAGGGGGCACGGGAUGGCACCGGGGGGACGGGGAUGGCACUGGAGGGACAGUCCCAGUGCCUCCCAGUCCCUCCCAGUCCGGCACUGACUGUGCCGAGGCGCGCUGGGCGAUCCCAAGCCCCAUCCAGUGACAAUCCCAGUCCUCCCGGUGCCCGUCCAGUGACAAUCCCAGUCCCUCCCAGUCCCGCACUGACUGUGCCGAGGCGCACUGGGCGAUCCCGAGCCGCAGCCGGUGACAAUCCCUCUGCCAGGAUUCGGGACUCGCGGCCACGCAGCGCCCGUAGCGCUCCAGCUCCGCCCCGCAGUGACGGGCCGUCAGCUCCAGGGCCAAUUCCCUGCGGGAAUACCGGGAAUGGGAAGGAGCCGUGUCCCAAAAAAGCCACCUUGGCCAAAGUGGUGCCGACCCCCAACAACGGCUCCGUGGAGCUGGUGCCGCUGCACCGGGAUCAGGGCGAGGACGGGGAGGAGGCUCUUUCCUUCGAAUUCCAGAAGAUCAAGUAUUCCUACGAAACCAACGGGAAGAGGCAGUUCCUGCCCGUGGCCUUCCCGGUGGAAUAUCCCCUCAGCUACUACCAGAAUUCCAGAGGCUACCAGGAGGACAAGGAAAUCCGGGCAGCAGAGAAGAAAUAUGGCACCAAUAAGGCUGAGAUGGUGGUGCCAGAAUUCUUGGAAUUGUUCAAGGAAAGAGCCACAGCUCCCUUCUUCGUCUUCCAGGUGUUCUGCGUGGGGCUGUGGUGCCUGGACGAGUACUGGUACUACAGUGUCUUCACCCUGUCCAUGCUCGUGGCCUUCGAGGCCUCGCUGGUGCAGCAGCAGCUGCGGAACAUGUCGGAGAUCCGCAAGAUGGGCAACAAGCCCUACAUGAUCCAGGUGUACAGGAACCGCAAGUGGCGCCCGAUCUCCAGCGACGAGAUCAUCCCGGGGGACAUCCUGUCCAUCGGCCGUUCCCCCCAGGACAAUCUGGUGCCCUGUGAUGUUCUGCUGCUGCGGGGCCGCUGCAUCGUGGACGAGGCAAUGCUGACCGGGGAGUCCGUGCCCCAGAUGAAGGAGCCGGUGGAGGACCUGAGCCCGGAGCACGUGCUGGACAUGGAGGGCGACUCCCGGCUCCACGUCAUCUUCGGGGGCACGCGGGUGGUGCAGCACAUCCCGCCCCAAAAGGCCUCCUCGGGGCUCAAACCCGUGGAUAACGGAUGCGUCGCCUACGCCCUGAGGACGGGAUUCAACACCUCCCAGGGAAAGCUGCUCCGGACGAUCCUGUUUGGAGUGAAGAGGGUGACGGCCAAUAACCUGGAGACCUUCAUCUUCAUCCUCUUCCUCCUCGUCUUCGCCAUCGCCGCCGCCGCCUACGUCUGGAUCGAGGGCACGAAGGAUCCGCGGCGGAACCACUACCGGCUGUUCCUGGAGUGUGCCCUGAUCCUGACGUCCGUGGUGCCCCCGGAGCUGCCCAUCGAGCUCUCCCUGGCCGUGAACACCUCCCUCAUCGCCCUGGCCAAGCUCUAUGUUUACUGCACGGAGCCUUUCCGGAUCCCCUUCGCUGGGAAAGUCCAAGUUUGUUGCUUCGACAAAACCGGGACCUUGACCAGCGACCACCUGGUGGUGCGGGGGGUGGCCGGGCUCAGGGACGGGAAGGAGGUGACUCCCGUGUCCGACAUUCCCGUGGAGACCCACCGGGCCAUCGCCACCUGCCACUCCCUGGUGCAGCUGGAGGACGGGACGCUGGUGGGAGACCCUCUGGAGAAGGCCAUGCUCCUGGCCGUGGACUGGACCCUGACCAAAGAUGAGAAAGUUUUCCCAAGGAGUCUAAAAACUCCGGGGAUGAAAAUUCACCAGCGCUUUCAUUUCUCCAGUGCCCUGAAGCGGAUGUCGGUCCUGGCCUCCUACGAGCGCGGCCCCGGCGCCCAGCUCGCCUUCGUCGCCGCCGUCAAGGGCGCGCCCGAGACCCUGCGGCCCAUGUUAUCCCAGUGUCCCAGCAACUACCACUCCGUGCACCGGGAGAUCUCCCACGAGGGCGCUCGGGUCCUGGCCCUGGGCUACAAGGAGCUGGGACACCUCACCCACCAGCAGGUGCGGGAGAUGAAGAGGGAAACCUUGGAAUGUGACCUGAGGUUUGUGGGAUUCAUCGUGGUCUCGUGUCCCCUCAAAGCCGACUCCAAAUCCGUCAUCAGGGAGAUCCAGAACGCUUCCCACCACGUGGUGAUGAUCACGGGGGACAACCCCCUGACCGCCUGCCACGUGGCCAGGGAGCUGCACUUCCUGCAGAAGGAAAAGACCCUCAUCCUGCAACCUCCGGCUUCCAAAGGCUCCCCGUGGCAGUGGGAAUCGCGGGACGGGGCCGUGGUGCUCCCGGCGUUCCCGGAAUGCCAGCGGGAGCUGACGGAGCCCUUCGACCUGUGCGUGACCGGGGAGGGCCUGGAGCACCUCCGGAGCGGGAACCGGGAGCGGCUGCUCCGGCUCAUCCCGCACAUCCGCGUCUUCGCCAGGGUCGUGCCCAAGCAGAAGGAAUUCGUGAUCACCACCCUGAAGAGCCUCGGCUUCUCCACCCUCAUGUGCGGGGACGGCACCAACGACGUGGGGGCCCUGAAACACGCGGAUGUGGGAGUGGCCCUGCUGGCAAACGCUCCCGAGAGGAUUCCUGAGCGGAAGAAGCGGCCCCGGGACGGCCCCGGGGACGGGAGAGCCGGAAUUCCGGCGGCAGGAGUCGGGAAUGUGAGGCCCACGUCCCGGGGAGCCAAGCACAGGGUCCUGUCCCAGCGGGAGGAGCAGCUGGCCAUCCACAGGCCCACGGACACCGCUGGGAUCUGGAGCCUUCCCAAGGCAUCCCAGCCCACCCCGCUCCCUGUUUUUUCCCCCCAUUCCCAGCCUUUGAAGACCCUUUCCAAGGAGAGGCCCCUUCCCAACAUCUUCAACCUGUACACGGUGCUGACGGUGCUGCUGCAGUUCCUGGUGCACUUCCUGAGCCUCGUCUUCCUGUACCGGGGGGCCCAGGCCCGGAGCGAGCCCAGGGAGGAGGAAUUCGUGGAUCUGAGCAAGGAAUUCGAGCCGAGCCUGGUGAACAGCACCGUGUACAUCCUGUCCAUGGCCAUGCAGAUGGUCACCUUCGCCAUCAACUACAAGGGCCAUCCCUUCAUGGAGAGUCUCCAGGAGAACAAGCCCCUGCUCUGGAGCAUCGUCCUGUCGGGAAUGGCCAUCGUGGGGCUCCUCUCGGGCUCCUCCCCGGAGUUCAACGAGCAGUUCGGGCUUGUGGAGAUCCCCACCGAGUUCAAGCUCGUGAUCUCCCAGGUCCUCCUGGCUGACUUCCUGCUCGCCUUGUCCGUGGAUCGGAUCCUGCAGUUCCUGCUGGGGAGCUCCAAGCUCCAAGUGCCUUCCUGAGGGGAAUUCCCGACUCCAGAGCCGUGUCCUGCCCUCCCAUCCCCGGCGUUCCCGGCGCGGGUUUUCCGCCCCCAAAUCCACCUCUGGGAAAGGAAACGGCCGCAGCUUGGAGGUGGUUUGUUCUUUUUUCCAGGACGUGCCGGGAAAUUUCUUUGGGGGGGGGGAUGUGGGGGAAGUUCUCAAGGAAAAUCCUCGAAUUUUGAUGGAAGAUCCACAAAUUUUCAAGGAAAUACCUUAAAUUUUCAUGGAAAAAAAAUCCUCAAAUUUUCAAGGAGAUCCCCUCAAAUUUAAAGGAAAAACCCUCAAAUCUCCAGGAAGCAUUUGGGGAAUUUGGGAACUAAAAUCUCAAAUCGAGGUGUUUUGAAAAGUGUUUGGGGCUGGAAAAUUCCAUGGAAAACCUGGGAAUAAAUGAGCCCCGAAGCGA